UCAAGUUUUUAAGAGCCAAAAACCUCCAAUUCCGUUAAGCUCAUUUCCUUCAUCGCCGGAAUAUUCCGUCGGCGGCGAGAGAAAGAACCUUCUUGUCCUCUCGACUUCUCGGAUUCCAGAUCGUUCUUCGGUGCUUGCUCAGUGAAUGUUUGGAGCUGACAGUUUUGGCAUGGGAUUUGUGUCUGUUUCGAGCUCUGCUGCACGAACUCCCUUGGAAGUAGGCGUCAAAUAUUUGUCUCGUGAAUCGUUAUCUAGAAAACCAAUUGUAUUAUCAUUUCAAAAGGAUGAAAAUAAGAAGUUAGCUCUAAUUACGCCUAGGGAACCUGUUGCUUUGCCUCUGGAGACAAAUAAAGGAAACCAUAAGAGGUUAAGAAAGGGGAAAAAGCGGCCAGAACGAGUAAAUGUGGCUUUAACUGACCAAGCAUCUCCGAGUACAUCAGAUUUGUAUUACAAUGAAGCCGCUGCAAAGCUGGAGUAUAUAUUUAAUCAAAGCCCUACAGAGGCUGUUGUUGUUGAUGAGGUGAAAGAUUGUAGGAUAAAGAGAAGGCAGUCACGAAGGAUAAGGACUGGAGAAACCGUGGAGACGGAGAAAAAAACUGUUGUAAGGAAUCAAAAGAAGGAGAGUAGGUUGACUCUUGAGAAGAGGAUUGCUCUCAAGACGAAGAAAGCAGGUGAAUCCGUUGCGUCAUCUGAAAAAAUAAAACACAGAAACCAUGACGAAUUCGAGAAGACCAAUAGGCUUGUUAGGGACUAUUCAGCUUCCUCGGACUUGGUUAGCUUAGACUGGAAGAAAAUGAAGAUCCCUCCGGUUCUUCCUUCAUCUGAGCAUGCCUGGCUGUUUAAGCUGAUGCAACCUAUGAAGGAAAUCCUCCAAGUAAAGAAGAGUGCACAGAAGGAUUUAGGAAAAGAGUUAACUGAAGGUGAGUUAGCAAAUGCAACAAAUAUGAGUACUGUUAAGAUGAGGAAACAAUUAGAGGUUGGUCGAGCUGCCAGAAACAAGUUGAUCAAGCACAACCUGCGACUUGUCUUGUUCGUCAUGAAUAAGUAUUUUCAAGACUUCGCUAGUGGGCCACGGUUCCAAGACUUGUGUCAAGCUGGUGUAAAGGGUCUCAUAACGGGUAUUGACCGCUUUGAGCCAAAACGGAAGUUCCAGCUCUCAACGUAUAGCCUCUUUUGGAUUAGGCAUGCCAUUAUUCGCUCCAUGACGCUUUCAAGUUUCACAAAGGUGUCUUUUGGCCUUGAGUCGAUCCGAGCUGAUAUUCACAGAACCAAGCUAAUGUUGUCGUUCGAACUUCAAAGAUUGCCGACUAAAGAAGAAAUUAUAGAUCGAGUUGGGAUCUCCGCUGAAAGAUACCAUGAAGUAAUGAGGGCAGCAAAGCCUAUUCUUUCAUUGCAUGCAAAGCAUGCUGUGACCCAGGAAGAGCUCAUCAAUGGAAUCAAAGACGUAGAUGGUGUCGAGGGAGAUCAAAGAAGGCAACCUGCGCUUCUCAGGCUUGCUCUAGACGACGUGCUCGAUUCUCUGAAGCCGAAGGAGAGCUUAGUGAUCAGACAACGGUAUGGGCUUGAUGGCAAAGGAGAUAGAACACUAGGAGAGAUUGCAGGAAAUCUCAACAUUUCUCGGGAAAUGGUUCGGAAGCAUGAAGUGAAGGCUCUCAUGAAGCUCAAGCAUCCAGCUCGAGUCGAUUACCUUCAUCGCUACAGUUUCUAAAGCGAACAUUGUUACUGCAUACACCAAAUAUUGUUUAGAAGUCGUCUGUAAUCAAAGUUAGGAUAAUAUUCAAAUCACGAAAUUUGAUCAAAUUCUGAUCAGUUUCUAAGGUUUUAAAACAGAAUAUUGAGUUAAAAUAAUCCAAUUUUUCUCAA